ACCCUUCCUCCCCACUCCAUCACCUACACACACUCUCUCUUUCUCUCUUCUCCACCAUUUCCUUCCUCGUAUUCAUUACACUAGAAAAAUGUCUGGUGUUUGGGUAUUCAAGGACGGCGUUGUCCGCCUCAACCCAGGCACCGAAUCCGACGGUCGCCGUAAGGUCUUGGUUCACACUCCUACCAAUGAAGUAAUCACUUCAUACGCAGAUCUCGAGCGCAAGCUCUCCUGCCUCGGGUGGGAAAGGUACUACGGCGAUCCCGAUCUCCUCCAGUUCCACAAACAAUCAACGGUCCAUCUCAUCUCUCUACCCAAAGAUUUCAGCCGAUUCAAGUCCAUGCACAUGUUCGGCAUCGUCGUCCAGAAUCGUAAUGUCUUCGAAGUUAGAGAUAUGUAGCAGCAUGCAUGUCAUUAACAAAAAGAAAGAAAAGAAAAUUAGCUUGUGGGUGUUUUUUUAUUUUUCUUUUAGGGUGUGUUUGGUUGCAUCAAAUUGGCCUGAUUAAUCAUGAAAUAUCAUGAUUUUGGGUGCAACCAAACGCACCCUUAUAUUUUCAUGUCAUCUCUCUCUCUCUCUCUCUCUCUCUCUCUCUCUCUCUCUCUCUCUCUCUCUCUCUCUCAUGUUCAUGUAAAUUGC